CUGUUUUCGCGAGCUGCUCAUCGAUCGAGAGGUUCUUUUGACAUGACCACUGUAAUUGCGGCGACGAAGGAGGAGCGGAUCCAGAGGCGGAAAAGGGUCGGAGGCAACCUCAAAGCUAAGAGAAAGGCCAAGGCCGCCGCCGCCGCCGCUACAGACAAUGGACAUUCUCCUGCCGAGAACGCGGCGGCUACAGACAGUGGACAUUCUCCAGCCGAGACCGCUGCAAUUACGGCGACGAAGGAGGAGCGGCGGCGGAUCAAGAGGCGGAAAAGGGUCGGAGGCAACCUCAAAGCUAAGAUUAAGGCCGAGGCCGCGGCCGCCGCCGCCGCCGCUACAGACAGUGGACAUUCUCCUGCCGAGACCACUGUAAUUACGGCGAUGGCGGAGGAGCAGCAGCUGAGCAGAAAGAGGAAAAGAGUCCGCGGCCGCCGCAAAGGAAAAAAAACUGACGAGGCCGCCGCCGCCGCUACAGACAGUGGGCAUUCUCCUGCCGUCUCUCCUGCUUCUGUACCUUCUAAUAUCGUGAAGGGUUGCUCAAAAUCUUCUUCACCUGUAUCUCCUGCUUCCGUACCUUCUUCUAAUGUUGUGAAGGGCAGCUCAAAAUCUUCUUCAUUUUUUCUCGACAAGAUGAAAGCGAAGUUAACCGGAGGUCAUUUCCGCAUGAUUAAUGAGAAGCUGUAUACUUGCACUGGGGAUGAAGCACUCAACUACUUUAAAGAGGACCCAUCGUUGUUCCAUGUGUAUCAUACAGGGUACCAAGAGCAAAUGUCGCAUUGGCCUGAGCUGCCUAAUGAUAUCAUUAUAAAGUGGAUAAACAAUCAGAGUCCUUCUCUUGUUAUUGCCGAUUUUGGUUGCGGGGAUGCACGCCUCUCAAGAAGUGUGAAGAAUAAAGUUUAUUCCUUUGAUCUUAUUUCAUACGACCCUUCAGUCAUUGCCUGUGAUAUGUCCAAGACACCCCUCGAAGAUUCUUCUGUGGAUGUUGCCGUUUUUUGUCUCUCGUUAAUGGGAACAAACUUCCCUAGUUAUAUUCUUGAAGCAAAUAGGGUCCUUAAGACUCGAGGGUGGCUUUUAAUAGCAGAAGUGAAAAGCAGAUUUGAUCCAAGUACAGGAGGAGCAGACCCAUACAAGUUUAUAAAAGCAAUAUCCCAACUUGGAUUUGCCACUGUGGCUGAGGAUUUUUCCAAUAAAAUGUUCAUACUGUUCUACUUCAAGAAGAAGAAGGUUUUGGAGAAGCAAAAACCGAAAGAUAUCGAGUGGCCUGAACUGAAACCUUGCUUAUACAAACGCCGUUAAUCUUGUUUUGCUCAUAGUUAAUAAGGAUUUUCGCGGCCGGUAUGUAUGCAUGGAGAUGGGUUUUUGGGCAUAAUUGCAGCUUUGAUAUUCGAACUUCUUUUACUGGCAUAGAUUUGUAUGCUUGUGAUAGUAGUAAUUUUAACUUUUUAUGAAUGUUUGUUGCAUUUUUAUUCACUCCAGAGUUCUUAUAUUCUUGAAAACAUUAUAUUCAGUGAGUUGGUUGAAAAACAUUAAAUACUUGGAAUUUCUGAAGGCAACAGAAUCAGUAACCAAAGUAUUUCACACAUUACCUUCACAGAAUUCAUCCCAAUGCUGCUAAAUUUAUUUGUGCAUAAAGAAAG